AUGUCGUCGCGGUCUUUGUUCGUCACCCUGGUCGAUCAGCUUGCCACGCGGCACGACAGUGGCGGCAGUGGCAGUGGCACCAGCCACACCCAGGACGUGGGGAAGCACGUCUCACGCCUGUUUCUCCUUGCCUGCGACUUGACGACUGCUUUUCAACCCGUGGACCUGUACCAGCACCUGGAGGGCAUGAUGACGCGCGAGUGGGCAGCGCUGCUUCAUGGAGAGAGCCUUUACACCUCGUCCCCGGCGUCUUCAGGUGCUCCAGAGCCGGCAACGUUGUCGCACUCGUCUCCUCCACCCGAGUGCGCCUCAACGCUCAUCGCCGCCUCUGGCGCGCUCUUGGGUUACGCACGCACGCACGUCACAGAGUUCGAGACGAGCGGCGUGAGACAGGCAUGUGUCGAUGAUAUAUGCGAGCGUUGGCAGUCGAGCGUGCUGCAGCUACUGAGCGCGCAGCCGCCGUUCUCCGCAGAGACACGCACGGCCGCCUGCUACACCGUGGCGCAGCUGUCUUUGCUGCCUAGGAACUGCUGCGAGCAGGUGCUGAAUGCUGCUUGCGAAGCCUUAGAGACAGGGCGCGAGGAUGGUCUGAACGUAAGCAUCGCCACGGAACUAAUCGGCCAGAUCACGUCGCUCAUGGUGCUAUGUAAGCCAUUCCAGCUGCACGGCCUCGCUCUCGAGGACCCUGCAGCAGCAGCUGCUGCUGAAACUUCCCGCAAAGCCGCAGCAAGCAAGAAAGGCACGGCGUCGACGGCGGGAGCACAGACGUCGAAACGCGCGAAGUUGUCGACGCAGCGGUCAGCAGGAGAGGGCGCUGACGCUGGUGCCAGUGCCUUCAGCACAGCUGGCAUUGACUCGGAGGCGCCGACUGCGAGCUGCAGCGCCAUUCCGUCCUGCUACCCUUUUCCGUCUCUCGAGAGGCUUAGAGAGCUGAAGGUGUCCCUCAUCCAAUGCUGCCUUGUUUCUCUCGGUUCCACGGUGGCCGAGGCGAGUACCGCGAGCAGCACCGCCGUGCGAGCAACGCGUGCGCAUCAUGGGCAGCAGCAGCACCGCACAGGGCUCGUUGCACUGAUUUGCCAGCGCGUGCUCAUUCCACUGCUGCUGCUCGACGGGGGCCAAGGGCUGGAGCAGUACGAGCAUCUCGUGCACAAUCUUCUGCGCACACUCGCGAACCGCCCGAGUACUUCGACGACGGCGGCCGUCUCGCCGAACUUUUCACAACGCACACCAGGUGCUGCUGCUGAGGAUGCUGUGCUGCUGCUCUAUGGGGACAACUGCGACGAGGUGGUGCUUCUCAUCGCCGCGUUGUUCGACUUUCUCUUUCGACAGUCUUCCCUCGACCCGCGCACGGACUUCCGUUUCUCUGAGUUUCUCUGGGUGGUGCUGAGCAGCGCGCUGCAUCGCAGCCUAACAGCGACGGAGGUGGACGCCGGCCACCGCGCGAACAUGCAGCUGCGCGUCGAGUACCUUCUGAAGCGCAUCGUGCAUAUGACAAAGCAGCAGCAACAGCAGUGGCAGGAGCAGCACGCGAGGCUGCGCACUGACGCGCCGCCUGCGGCUCUGCCGCCCGUCAUCGAGUUUCACCCGCUCUUCCGCUGGUGCACGACCGCCAGCGGUGUCGGCAGUACGGCCGGCAAGCAUCGAAACGGUGCAGCCGGCGAACAUGGCGACUCGCUCAGUGCCACCGCGUGGGACAAUUUCUUCUUGGUGCUGGAGUCGCUCAACGAGUACGGCUGGCACAUUAUCGAGCCUGUCAUGGCCCGCUUGGACACCCUCAUUGCUCAGCUGGAUAGCCGGCUUGAGAGUGCCGCGGCGCCAUGCGACGACACGGCGACAUCGACAGUAGGCGUGAGCGCUGCCGCGCUGAACCCGCGGUGGAUCGAAAUGCUGCUUCUGAAGCUCAUCCUCCACCCAAACCUUGGGGUGCGCAAGGUGGGUCUGCGCCGUAUAUGGGCGCUGCCGAAGCGCGUGCUGCGAUCGCUCUCCCCGAGCUUCCUUUUCCAGUACGUCUUCCAGAGUGCGUCAGAUCCGCGGUUGUGCGGCGACAUCGACCGCGUCCCGAUCACCGCGUCCUUUCUGGACACCAAGGCGUUCGAGGGGACGGAGGUGAAGGCUGUGCCCGAUGUGGAGCCGCUUGCACAGGAGGUGGAGCGCUUCUACGCGUCCCUCUUCGCCCACCGCUGGACUUCCAGCGACGCCGACGCCGUGGCGGGCCGCAUCGACGCUCUGCACCGCAUGCUGGACACGGUCAUCGAAAAGCCGCCGCGCUUCACAGUAUGCACGCUGGUGCGGGUGCUGCUCGCCAUUGCGCAGGUUUUUCUAGACCACGGCCUCGAUGCGGAGCCGGUCCUACUCGAUGAGGGGGUGUUGGAGCGGUUGCACCGCUUCGUGCGCGACUCUGUCCAGGAGAACGUUCCGUUCUGGCUGGAUGUGCGUGUGACGGUCAUCCUUUUCGCGGCACUUACAACGUUAGCGGCUGCGACGGCUUCUCCGCGCCGCUGUCGGCUGCACUCGGCUUUCUGGCGCCUGUACUGCAUGUGCGGCCCACUCGGCGAGUCGGGAGGCCACAGCAUCGCGAGCGUAGACGCGUGUGGGCAAUACGGCCUCGUCGGCGCCUCUGUUGAGGAGCGCUUUCUGCAGCACUGGCUUGUGCAGUUCAGCGCGCGACAGCAGCCUACGCGGCAGGUCAACUUUGACAAGGCGGCACCUUCACUGGUGGAGGCGUUACUGGAUGUAGAGGGGCUGGCCUGCCGCGUUGAGGCAGUACUGCGGGCGCCCGCAGAACCCGGCUUACAUGAGGUGGUGAACAUCGUGGCGGUCAAGGAGACGUUCUUCUUGGUCGGCGCUCUCACACGCACCGGGUCCGAGCGUCACGCUGAGCUCGUGCGAGCCAUCGGCGAUCGCAUUGCGACCACGAUCGCGUCGCUGCAGACACGCGCCUACUGCACUGCUGCACACGUGCUGGCAAGCGCGGCGUGCUUGGUGGAGUUCCAGCACAGCGUUGGCGGUGCCGUGUGCGCUCAGCUGUGGCCAGUGAACACGACACUGCAGUCCAUGGCUUCUGCUUUACACGGCCACGUCAUGGCAGCCCUGCAGGCGAGCGUGCGGAGCAUCUGUGACGCUGCAGAGGCGCCGGGACAGUUGCGCAUCGUGCGCUCGCUGUUCGAAGGCGAGACGCACGACGAAGCCGACACAACAUGGGCACUCAUGAACAUCACAAACUUCGACGUACUGGCGGCUGCCAUAGCCUCUCUCAACGCGAUCGCGUGCGAUCCGACGACGCGCACACCGGCCGCUGCUGCUGCUGCUGCAGAGGCGUUAAACGCCCCACAGUAUGUGCAUCAGCUUAUGUGUCUCCUUCGCGAGUGCUCCGCCGCUUACGAGUCCGCGUCUGCGUCGGGUGCCGGCACCGCUGGCGGCGAGGAGGCGGGGCAAAAGCGACUUGCGGCGCUGCUGAUCGUCAGCCGCAACGCGGCCCGCCUACUGCAGAGCGAGCUAUGCGGAUAUCUCUCUGCGAAGCACGAGGAGAGCACCGCGCCGCAGGCGCCGCACGAUGAAGGCUUCGACGUGGUGGCAACGGGACGCCUGCUGUUCCCGGCUGCUUUGCCGACGUGCCGGGAGGCGCCGCCACUCUCUGCCGCCGCCAGCUCCCGCUGCCCGAUUGCCGUGGUGCUGCCACGCGACGUGCUAGAGGUGUGCGUCGACCAGCUCAUGGCGCUGCCAUCGCAGCGCGUCCCAUCGGGUGCCGUCCCCAGUGCGUUGUCGAACCUGCCAUGGUCUACGCUGCUUAGCCAGCAGAGCCGCUACGUGUGCAACGCACUCUAUGUUCUUUUGCUGUCCCUGACUGCCGCUGAACAGGAAGGCACCGACACCGCAGCAUCGAAUUCGACGCGAACAUUUCCUGGUCUUGUGAGGCGCGUGCAGGACUACGCACUGGGCCAGCUUGGCGAGUGUUGGACCGUGAACCUUGCCAGCGUGUACGAUGUGCUGCUCUGGGUGUCGUCCUCGAAUGUGCCAGAGGUGGUGGAUUACGUCGCCAUCGCGAACGGCAUGUGGGAGCAUAUGCGAGAGGUCGGUGCGCGCCAGUACACGCGACUCGCUGCCCUUGCAUUCACUGUGCUGCACUACGUCAUGCCACACCAUCCCGACUACGUAAAGGAGGUCCUGUUGCGAGUUCUCAAGGGCGAGGGCAAGGAUGCACAGACGGCGGACCGUGACGUCUACUUUGCCGCCAUAACGGCCUCGCUGCAGGUGCUGCAUGACCCCGCCAACAACUGGCCCGUGUUGCGCGAUGUGGUCUUGUACGCUGCCGUUCUCUUCAAUACGAACCGCGAUGAGGAGGAGAAUGAGUCAACGGUGGCCGUCACGGAGCCGCUUCUAUGGACGUGGCCGGAGGCUCUGCGACUGUGCUACCCGCCCACCACUUGCAUGGCUGGCGUGGGCCGCGCCAUGGCAGUGGCGACGUUGCUGUGGUGCUGUUACGAGAAUGUGGCGGGUCGCGCGGUGCCGCUCACGUUGGAGCUGCUGCGUAUGAACACGUGCCACCCGGUGGUGACGCGCGAGCCAUGCAUGCCCAACUCACGGACACACCGCACCCGUAUGCGUUUGUGGCAGCUCCUCUGCGCGCUGCUGCCCUGCCUGGCUGACCAGCACUCGGUGACACCUGCCCAGGUGGAAGAGGUGUUUCGCAUGCUCGUGUUUCACUGCUUGACGGUGAACAACAUGGGGAGCGUCCGCCGACUGAUGGAGCUGUAUGCGAUUCGGCUCGUGGAGCAGCGGCCCGCUCUCUACACCGUCUUGAGUGAGGCCCUUGACAGCUACAGCCUUCGCCCUCAGGUUUGCGGCAGCUACAUCCUCAUUGCCUGCCAUGUGCUGCUGCGGCAGGAAGAGGCCGGCGGCGCCGACGAGUCUGCGGCUGCUGCGGCGGGUGACGAGGCGCUUGCGUCUGGCAUCUUCACGUCUCUCUUCCCACGCAUUCUGCAGCAGAGCACGUCGAACCAGCACCUCUUGCGCAUCAUCAGUCAUAUCGGACUUUUCAAUAUCUGCCGGCGCCGCCUCGCGCGCGGACGCCCCAUCCCGCCUGCCGUGGCAGCUAUCUACGAGUACGUACUGCAUGCCCCGGAGCACGUGAGGUUCCGCGAGAAGCACGAGAGCAUGCUUUUCUUUGACACGGAAGCGGCGAGCAGCCCUCGCAGCCUCUUUUGUGUCCAGCGCAAGGAGGCGAACACCGUGCUAGCGGAGGUGCUGCCGGCUGCUGCCUUUGAGCGACUGCGCUUUGUGGAGACGGAGAUGUGUUGCAUGAUUGGCGCCCUCUACCCAAUGGAGCUGCUGCGCGUGCACGACUGGUGUGCAAGCGUGAGGGUACAGGAGCGGGUGUCCGUCUUGAAGGGCUUUCGCGGCAUCCCUCACACGAGUACGCCGUCAGACUACUAUGUGGAUUACACACGGGAGGCGACGGAGCUGCUGACGCGCGAUCCGAUGCUGGAGGCGUCUGCCGCCGCCGCAACUGCGAGGUCCGCCGGAGUCGGUGCUGGAGAUGAGGCCAGCGGUGCCGACGCGGCCACGGCAAACGUGCAGAAAAAGGUGUCAUCAUGGUGGACGAGCGAGGUGUACAACGAGCUGCACCCACGUUCGCUGCGUACGCAGAAGCAGUCCAUCAUCGUCGUCGGCUCGCUGCUCGAGAACCCGGUGAACAUCGCCGGCUUGUGCCGCUGCGGCGAAAUCUUCGCCGUCGAGUCAAUCGUGGUGCCGGAGAAGAAGGUGUUUGAGCAUCCGCAUUUUGUGGCAGCAGCGCGCAGCGCAGAGCUUUGGAUUCCGUGGGAGGAAGUCGCGCCGAAGGACCUGCCCUGCUACCUCGAGGGUCUGCGGCGUCGCGGCUACGUGGUUGUCGGUAUCGAGCAGACGGCGGCGAGUGUGCCGUUGGAGCAGUUUUCCUUCCCGGAGCGGUGUGCGGUGGUGCUUGGUGCGGAGGGCCAGGGCGUGCCAGCCCCGCUUAUUCCGCUGCUCGACGUCUGCGUCGAGAUUCCGCAGUACGGGCUCAUCCGCUCGCUGAACGUGCACGUAGCAGGUGCCAUAACCAUGUACGAGUACACACGGCAGCACUUGAUGGCCCAGUCGCAUCCCUCUGCGUGA